UGACAGUACAACAAAUUUGCAUGGCUUGUCAUGUAAAAUUAUAAAAAAAAUAUGUCUUUGCGUUAUUUAUUGCCCGUUUUUCCAUUACGAAAUCUAAUAAAUAAUGGUGCAUUUUUAAAUAAUAUACGGAAUACCAAUAAUAAUGCUCUACCAACAUUGUGCAGAUCAUGGUCUACCACCAACUCCACCGAGACAAAAACUGAAGAUACAGUCAAGAAAAAGAAAACGGUGCCUAUUCCUAAAAUCACAUUACUCUCUGGCGAUAAUUUAACUAUAACCACUUUGGAGGAAGCCCAGAAAUUAUCGAAACGAAGGGAUCUUAAACUUGUGAAAAUAAACGAUUUGGACUCGAAAACUCAGAGGCCAGUUUACAAGAUGAUGACAGCCACUGAAUAUCAUGCCGAAGAUGUUAAACAAAAAGCUGCGAAGAAAGAGUUACGAAAAAAGUCGAUAAAAGGCGAAAAGGUGCUGAUGAUUGGUCAAAACAUAGCUGAACAUGAUUUGCAAGUUCACAUAAACAAAAUAAAAAAAUGGGUCGGCAAAAGGUACGAAGUGAGAAUCGUUAUCAAUGGCGACAGUAACAACACCGAAAAGGCGGAAUCCGUGUAUAAGCUAAUAGAAAAUUCGCUCAAUAAAGAAGCAAGGAUUGUUCAAAAGAGACAGAAAGGUUCGGACAUUAAAUUUCAGUUGUUACCACCUAAAACGACAGAGGAGGAAGAAAAAUUAUGACUAGUAAAAACGAAAAUUGCGGUUUCUGUAGUUGCCAUUGUUUUGUUAAAAUACUAUCUAUUCUACAAAUAUAUAAAAUAAUUAAAUAUUUCUAUCAGCUGUUAUAA